AUGCCGCCCGAUUUCUCUCCGGGAAAUACAGAGCUUCUCUUUGAUGCCUUAAAGGCAGAAGAACAACGUCGUCGCCGUCGUGUGCCAUCAGAACGUAGACGACGCGUGGAUCGAGCUUGUUUAAAUUGUAGGAACCGAAAAGUUCGCUGCGAUGGGCUUCAUCCUUGCAAAUCCUGCAUGACGGGAAAUCUGCAGUGUACAUAUCCUGCGAAGGAAGAAAGCCCCUUUGAGUCUGCGAAGGAAUACUUUGUAGACAUGUCGAAUCGACAUUUGUGUUUCCAGUACAUUGUACAAAGGUUAUGUUACGACAAACUUCCGGUUCUUGACACGACAACACUCAUGUCAAUGUGUAGCAUCAUGAAGACGAAGGAAUUGGUAACGCCCAGCGAUGUGAUUGACAUUGUUGCCCAAUUGAAGAACACCGGUGUCCCGACAGACGCUUCAAGACUACAUAUUGAACCACCGGUAGCUUCAGUAACUCCAGUGGUUUCUGUACCUCCUGUAGCAUCUGUUACUAUCGAUAAUACUGAGCAAAAUGUCGACGAAAUUGCGGACCUUAUUGGUCGCAUAAAGGUUGAUCCAAAUGGCGAGUCUCGCUAUAUCGGUGCUUCGGCUGGUGAAGCGUUUAUGGAUUCUGUCCAACGUGAGUUUUUGGUUGAUCCAAGUAUUGAAGAUUUAGAUGCCUAUUCCAACUCUCAUCGGACACUUCAGCCAAGUGAUCAUGAUCUUCUUGCCUUGCAAGAAGCGUGGAAGCUUCUUCCUCCUCCCGAGGUGUCUGACUUUUUGAUCAAGUCAUUCUACACGAAUGUUCAGGCAAACUUUUUCUUCUUUCAUGAAAAAUUACUUCGCUACAGACUCGGCUUGAUGAUUCAUCACCGUGCUCCUGUUGACCCGGGAUUUCUCUGCUUAGCUAUGAUGAUCUUUGCCCUCGGUAGUCAGUUUGCUCACAUGGAGAUACGCAGUGCGCGUUCGCCCAUCGAUAAUCCCGGAAAACAGUUUUUCGAUGCUGCUCGCAUGUUGUUUCCACAGGUCAUGCAACAAUGCAAGCCUAGUUUGGUUCAAGCUUCUAUGUUGAUGGGUUUGUACUUGCAGCCCAGUCUGUCACAAAAGAGCUCGUACUCACAUUUUGGACUCUCGCUCUCGGCAGCCGUCGCUAACGGGUUACACCGGUCAUACGAAAAUCCAAACAUUGACUCAAAGACGCGAGAGCUUCGCAAUCGUUUGUGGUGGUCGGUGUACACGAUUGAUCGGCUAAUUAGUAUUGCAACUGGCCGGCCUCUUUCCAUUACUGAUAGCGAAUGUGACGCUGAUUUGCCGACUGUGGUGCCUGAACUGGAGGUGGAAGGAUCGGCCUCUAAUGUUCACAACAUCAUUUCGAUGACAAAAAUUGCUCGUAUUAUGGGUAAGACAAUGGAGCAAUUGUAUGGCGGGGUGAAUUACCGCAAAAAUCCCAUUAAAAUUAUUGAGUCGCUGCGAGCCGAUUUGGAGAAUUGGAAGAAUGAGCUACCAACGUUUCAAGUCCUCGAAAACCUGGACCCAUCUGACCCGUUGUUCCGCGCAAAUAUUCAUCUUCACAUGACUUACGACCAAGCCAUCAUUGUAAUGUCACGGCCCUUUCUGUUGCACAAAAUGAAGAACUCAAAAACAUCACCCGCCGUGAAUCGUAUAUACGACGACUGUAUAAUUGCCGCAAGACACCUAAUUUUCCUUGUCCGCCAACUACAACUACACUCAAAGCUUUCGUGUUACUCAUUCUUUGACUACAAUUAUACAUUUUCGAGUGCCCUAGUUGUAUUGCUCCAUCGCGUCACAGAACCUUGCGAGGAGGAUGAUAUCGCGAUGGAGCAUGCUUAUUCUGCAUUAGAUUACAUGGCUGAGGGUAAUGAACCCGCACGAAAUUGCGCACGCAUCAUUCGGCUAUUUGAUGCCCACUUGAAAGGGAAACGUGGUGCUGGAAAAGUGAAUCCAAGCGAAUCUGGUUUUAUGGCUUGGCAGAAGUGGGUUGCGGAAGUGUCAAAUAAAGAAGGUUCAAAGAUGAGUUCCUUCAACAAUGUCAUGACACCAAUAGUUGGUCUUCCACCGAGUGGUUCUGUGACUCCCGCUCUUAGUGGAACGUGCGAUCCUACAGAUUUCUUCAACACAUCUCAGCCUGCUCUUUCUCGGACGGAAUUGGAUCCGUUUGGUUCAGCUUUUGGUCUCGAGAGCACUCAUCCGUCUCCCGACUUAAUUACAGAUUCCUCCCUAAUCAACUGGGCCAAUUCGGACCAAGGAAUGGACAUUGAAGGCAGCUGGAUGGGCAAUAUUCAUCCCAGUUGGCUUGAUUAUGUAUGUCCUUGA